GGCGUCAAUCUGGGCAUUUCUAAUUCCAUUUAUCAUUCAAAUCACUAAUUAAUCAUAAGAAAUCCUCAUUUAUGGCGAACAUAUUUUUUGACGCUGUUUUGUUUUGAAAACAUCUAAACAAACGAUGACGUUGACAUUUCACUCGAUAUUGACAAUUCAAUUUUGAAUGGGAACAUUUUUUUCUGUCUACGACAGUCUUACACGAAUUUUAGUAAACAAAAUAUUAUUCGGAAGACAAAAAAAAAUCAAAAGACAAAUCCUUUCAAAAUGACAACAUCCACUUUAUUGGAUAUUGAUGUUGACUCGUUGUUCGAGCAAUGCAGUAUUAGUGAAAUUGACCUCGUUCAUAAGAAGCUCCAACAAAACAUCGAAGCCAAAAAGGAAGAAUUAAGAAUUAUGGUUGGUGAGCGAUACCGUGAUCUUUUGCAAGCCGCUGAUACAAUUGGUGAGAUGCGAAAAACAUCGUCCAAUGUCAUUGAACACAUUCACGGCAUCAUCGGAAGUUGUCGAAAUCUAAAUGAACACCAGCUAAUUGGUUUCAAAAUCGAUACGAAUGCCGAACGUGGUAUGGAAACUGUACAAAAGAAUUACUACGGAUGUAUGGCACAAAUACAUCUUUUAACCAAAUUACCAGAAUUGAUUUGGAGUCAUCUAGAUGAAUGUGACUACUUCGUGGCCACGCAAUUGUUUAUUUUUGCUCGACACAUUAGCACUGGCUUGCAAUUGGAUACAAAUAUAAUGCGAAAAUACCCAGUUGUAAAACGUCAAUGGAAUCAUUUGAAUCAAUUUUUCUUUAUGAUAAAACAAAUGUGCUUGGACGAAUUGGAACGACCCGAAUUGACUACCGACACGGCAGUUAAAUGCUUGACAAGUUUAGUGUUACUUGAAAAUUGUCAAUUGGAUAAAUUGCUGACUAUGUUUAUACAACUGAGAGCACGGGCAUUUCGUAGAAUGCUUACAACUAUUAGUGAUGAAAAUAAUGCAAAACCACACCAAUCAGCCAAACGCCGAAUCAUAGAUAGCUUGCAACUACUUAAUGAAACGGUACUGCAAGUUUUUAAGUGCUUUAUCGAUAGUUCAGGCAGCGAAUCGGGAGCAGACAAUAAGUGCUUGUUAGCCAGGGAAUUGGAAUUGAUUACGGGACCAAAUGCACAACCUGUGAUUCAUAUGCUCCAAAUGAACGAAUCGCUGAUGAAUGACACCUUGCCAUCGCUUAUAUCGAAAUUUAAACCACAGAUGCAAAUGCAACCAAUCGAUUCGGAUGCAGUGAGACGGUCACUGGAUACAUGGUUGCAAACAACUGAAAAUGACUCAAAACAACUGCUGAAAACUGUCAUCGGUAACAUCAGCUCGGUCCGAACUAUUCACAAUGUGAACAAAGCCGUUUCAGAGCUAGAAAUUCCAUCAAAUUGGCCGCUAAUUUUGCAAAGUCUACAAUUGAGCAGUAACAUUGAUUUCUAUCACAAGUUCUAUCAACCAAUGAUGCAGGAUCGUAUCAAAGCCAUCAUAACGACAUCCUGGACAACAGCUGUUGAACACACAGAAAAGAAGAUCUGCGAAGUAUUUGAAUCGAAUGUUCCGUCAUUGAUUGACGAAAAUUCAUUCUGGGACGAGAAUAGCGAAGAUAGUCCAAAGAGUUUGAAGCAAGCUUUAGAUAUGAAUCGUCAAAAUCAUCGUCUUCUCAUGAAAACGAAGGGCUAUUCGCCUGAACUGUGCACGAUUUGCAAUGAAUUGGAUAAAAGUGUUGAAUCCAUAUACAAUGAUUUGAGAUUAUACGUCAGUUCGUUGGGUGUAGACAGUAUUGAAUUGAGAGAAGAUCCAAUUGUUCGCAAGGAACAAAGUCAUCUCGUGGAAUUUUUGAAAAGUUGCAGUCAAAAUGGAAUUUCUGAUUUGAUAUCAAAGAUCAAAUUGUUGGGAGUUGCAAACAAUGAACGUGCCUAUUCCAUAGUAUUUCUCGCCAAAUUACUAAAGGCAAUCACCGAAAUUUGUCCGAAUGUGAAGCAAUGUUUGAUGCCAACGUCAUUGCUUCUAUCAAACACAUGGAAUGAGUCAUCAAAUGUAUCCCACAUGGAACGAUUCGAGCAUUGGGAGCGAAUUUGUCGCUUGUUAAAUGAAGAAUCCGUAAAUCUAUGGAAACAAUGGAUCGAUUUAUUCAUUGGUGAUAAUUUACGUAAACAUAAUGGCCUUUGUUUUAGAAUAAACAUUGAUUUAAUCAAUUUACUGGAUUUCUUCCCAAAUUGGGAGACAUACACAAUCGAAGGAAAAGACGAUGAAUCAAACUCAUCGGUGCAGUCAACGAUCCGAGUGCCAGCCCAUCCAAGCAUUCCAUUGCAAAAGUUUCUCAUCGAUUGUUGUACUAAGUUGAAUGAGAAAGUGGCAGAAACCUUACCAAAGGCAGUCACAUCCAUAUUGACCGAUCGUCUAUUAAAUCGAAUUGUGCACACGUAUGUGGAGCUCAGCAAUCGAAAUGAGUUUGUGUUCACCAAUCAAAAUGCAUGCCUACAAUUUUAUUUCGAUUUGAAAUUUUUAACGAUACUGUUUUUGAAUGGAAAAUGGAACGAUCAACUGCAAUCGUUGGCCGGAAAAUUCAAGUCUCGCAUCGAUCCAUUUGAUCUUGAAUUACUUCACGGAAAGUUACAUACAAAUGUGAAGCUUUCUGCUCAACGAAAACAUCAACAGUACGGUCUGCUCAUUCCAAGCACAUCAACAAAUCAAUCACUAUUAGCCGCUGUGACAAAAACCAGUGGAGCCAAUUUAACACAAGAAAAGGAUCCAAAUCUUCUGUCGUUGGCAAACAAUGGUGUGGCACACAGCAAUUGGUUUACAAUGCUUCCGAUUGUUGUUUCAACGAAAACAUCGGCCACAUUAAGUGAGCCGGUUGAAAACAAAGCGCCAACAACACAAAUCAAGUCAGAAAAGAGAAAAUCACCAUCGAAAUCUAGUGGAACGACACCGCAAUCAAGCGCUCAGCAAAAUUUGGCAAAUGUCAAAUCAAAUGCUGCCGCAUUUUUUGGUGCUAUGUCGCAGGAUUGGUUUCGAUAAUUACACGAAUGUUCUGAAAAAUAUAAAAAAAUUCACAGCGCAUGCUUUGUUACAUUAUCUUUUAUCUUAAUAAAUAAAUAUGAUGCUUAAUUGAAAA